GACUUUUCUGAUGGUAUCCCCUCUCUCUGGCAGCUAUGGUAUGAUCCAGGGACCUCCUUGACUGGGAAGCCAGAAGGCUUUUCAGUAACCGAAGCAGCUAUCGUGGGGAAGGCCUUCAAACAGCGAGGACCAGAAAGAGUUAAGGAACCAGUCCAGAUACCAUCAACAUGCCCAAGGCCAAGAAAACUAAGUCCAAGAAUGACUCCGGUGAGUCAGAAAAUGGGGUCCCAAAGCCUAAAGCACUAAGCAAGAACCAGGACGAUAAGACCAGUUCAGAGGGCCCCUCUCCAGUGAUCCAGCCUGUAGUACUUUCUACUGAAGAUAUAGAGACAGCUAAUGAAGUUUCCAAAUUGAGCAUUGCCCAUGAAAUCGUAGUAAACCAAGAUUUCGCGGUACAGGAGAAUGAUUUACCUGGAAACAGUCUGGAAAGCAAGUUUGUGGAGACAAUGUACAAUGCAUUUUGGGACCACUUGAAAGAUCAGCUGUCACACAAUCCUCCUGACUUUUCUUGCGCUCUUGAACUUAUAAACAACAUAAAACAGAUUUUGAUGUCACUGCUACUACCACGUCAGAACCAUCUAAGAAAUGAGAUUGAGGAAGUGCUGGACGUGGAUCUCCUAAAACAAGAAACAGAGCAUGGGGCUCUGAAUGUUCCUCAUCUUUCCAACUAUAUUCUCAACUUAAUGGCCCUCCUGUGUGCACCAGUUCGAGAUGAAGCUGUUCAGAAACUAGAGAGCAUAAAAGAUCCAGUAGAGUUACUGAGGGGGAUUUUCCAUGUUCUUAGCCUGAUGAAAAUGGACAUGAUGAACUAUACUAUCAAAAGCAUUCGGCCAUACCUGCAAGAACAUUCUAUCCAAUAUGAACGAGCUAAAUUCCAGGAACUCCUUGACAAGCAGCCCAAUCUCCUUGAUUGCACCACCAAAUGGAUGACUAGAGCUGCCACAGAUAUUUCCACACCACUGCCAAGUACAUCUGUCUCGUCAAGCUCCUCUUCUGGCACAAUAAGUUCAUUUCCAUCUCCAAAAACUGAUCCAGAGCCACCUAGUCUUACAACAGUGUUAUACCAAGGAUAUUUAAAUCUUGUUCUCAGGGACCAUGGAAAUGAAGAAUUCCCUGAGACUCUACUGAUGGAUAAAGCACGACUACAGAACAUGAAAUCCAGAUUACGCCACUUGACCAUUCUAGCUUCAGUUUUACUUGUGGCAAGAAGUUUCUCUUGUGGUGUUUUAUUCAGCUCACCAGAAUUUGUGGAUAAACUGAAGUGUAUAACCAAGGCGUUAACAGAAGAAUUUAGCUCCAAGCCAGAAGAGUCUAUGCUCAGUGUCAGUGAAAAGGUAUCGCAGGAAAUCCAUCAAGGGCUCAAGAAGACAGGCCUCACUGCUCUGAGCAGUGAAAACAGGGCAUCUCUUGUAGGCCAACUCCGGAACAUUGCCAAGAAGGAGAACUGCAUUCGUACCAUCAUUGAACAACGGAUACAUUUGUUUCUUAAAUGCUGUUUGAUUCGUGGAAUGCAAGAAUCUCUUCUAGACUUCCCUGGAGGGCUUCUUUUCAUUGAACCAGAGUUGGCAGAACUAGGCUGGAAGUUUGUUAAUCUGAUGCAUCACAACCAGCACGUAUUUGGUCCAUUCUAUGCUGAGAUCCUAAAAAAUAUCAUCUCUCCACCGAAUGCAGAAGAAAACGAAAAACCCUUCUGAUAAUGCUGGUCCCCAGUCCUGGCAUGAGGUAUCUGAAGAGAGGGCUCAUCAUACUCCCAGAAUGACAUCAUCUGUGGCACAUAAUUACAAGCAGCCCUCUUCCUCAUUAAAAGCCAGGAUGCAACUGAAGGGCCCAGACAUAUAAACACCCAAUGGCCCAAUCCCCGUCCUUAAUAAAUUCCUGAGCUGCAAGAAAA